AAGGCCGGAUACGUCCAGAUUAUAUAUUAGAAUCACGGAGAUUUCGGGUCUAUUUGUGUAAAACUGGGUUUUUAAAUUCUCAAGAUGAUAAUUACACUUUUAAGAGCCUUGGAAGGGAACGUCUACUUAGCAAACACCUGAAAGAUUUCAGUAAUUUAGCAUGUGAAAGACGAAUAAUGUUGAUUAAUAAGACUUUUAGAAGCAGCAAGUCAAAUUUCUCACCUCAAUCAAUACCUAUUACUGCUCAGGAAGAAGCAGCAGCCAUAGAUGAAAAAAAUAUGACGAAAAAAGAGCUUUUAGCAAUUAUUAAUUCAUUGCUAAAUUCUGUUAAUAUUUCAGAUCGUCCAAACUAUCGUGGGUUACGGCAAAAAACUAAUAGCGAGUUGAUAAAAAUUUUACAAAGUAUUAGAGAUCUGUAUAAUGAUCAAAAUGAACUUGAAAACGAGAUAGAAUUAGAAAAUUAA